AUGGACGGUCGUGGUGCGGAGGACGCGGCACCGACGCUCGACCCAUGGAGUUACCUGCAAUGGGUGCGCUCGCUGCAACGCAAGAUGCUUGCGGGCGGGGAUCUGCCGAAGCUCGCGGCUGAUCUCGUGCAUGCAUAUGCCGAAACGACCGAGCACAUUGCGAUGCGCCCAGUGGAUUGGCAUCUGUACCUGAGCCUCGCGACGAGGCGUGCGAUGCAGGAAGAGGGGGGGACCGCCGAUGCACUGCGCGAGGUGAUCGAGUUGCAUGAACAGAGCACGCACGACUCGCUGGACAUGAGCUUGUAUGUGCGCUAUGCAAGCCUGCUUCUCUUGCUGUACACUGCGCAGACAAACACGGCCCUGGCCCUCGACGAGCUCGCGCACGACGUGAGUGGCACAGAGGGGGGACGCCUCGACGUCUCUGCUCUUGUUCAGGAGUGGACUGGCGUAGAGGACACGCCGCCACUGCGCCCGAAUGGCAUGUAUGCCGACGGCGCUACGCUGCGUCCGCUGCUGCCGGCCGCGGACGCCGACGACGCGCAAGAGACACUCGACGACCUCUUGAGUGAAGACGCAGUGCGCACUGCGCUGCGUACGGCGUACGCACGCUGCGCGUGGCACCCGACCGAGUCGGCUGCCGUGUGGGAGCCAUACUUGCACUGGGAGCUUUCGCUGCUCGAGGCCGACAAGAGCGCCGAACGUCUCGAGCUGCUCAAACAGAUCUAUGUUGCACGCCUGCAGGUGCCCCAUCCCGCUUUGGAGCGCGUCUUUCAGGAAUUCUCGGGCUUUGUCUCGACUCACUAUCCUCCGGAAGAGUACGAAGAGACGCUUGCGUCGGCGAACAAGGUCUAUGCUGGUGCGCUCAAGCUCUGGGAAGCCCACGAGCGGCACGAGAGUGCCGUCGCACACGGCGCGAUGGAGCAGUGGACUGCCUACCUCGGCUGGGAGUCGCACCGCGUCAAGACGAUGCGCACGGCCAAGGACAAGUCGCACCUCGCGACCGAGGAAGAGUUCGGCGCAGUGCUUUACCGCCGCGCGCUGCACCGCUUCGGCUGGUAUCCCCUCGGGAAGAACGAUAAAGAGGCCGCAUACUAUGCCAAGCCGCCGACGCCGGCCGAAGAAAAGGCCUGGAAGACCAAGCAGGGCCGCAAAAGCCACAAGAUGCUCGAGAAGGAGCAGGCUCAGGCGCGUGCCGAUGCGCGUGCGCUAUGCGCCGCGCCCGAGUCCAUGUGGCUCGAUUCUAUCGCGCUCGUGAAUACCCAAAAGGCCGAGGCGACGGCACUACUGAGCAUGUGCCACGACGCGGUACGUACGCUGCCUGCGUCGGGCAGGCUCUGGGCGCUGUACCUCCGGACGCUUGUGCGCUUCCAAAAGCCCCGGGCUCAGUUCGAAGAGGUGUACCAGGACGCGCUCGCGUCCGGGACGAUUGCUACAGUGGGCGGCAGCGCGGCGCUCGUGCCGUUCUUGCAAGCGCGCGUCGAUGGCGAGCGUGCCUAUGCAACGCUCGACGCAGCGGCCGCCGAGCGCAUUCCCCCGGAAGAGGUCGUGCUCCACGCGGACCUCGACCGCUUCAUGGCGCUGUACGAGGUGCUUGCGCAUGCUCUCGGCGAGAUGGCCAAGCUGCCCAAGGGCGAGUACGACGCGAGCUUUACGCUCGAACGCUACAUGGUCGAUUGGAUCGAGCGCGGAGCGCGCUCGGUGAGUGCGACAGCGGGCCCAGAGGCGGCUGCGGGCCUCUACCCCCUGGCCGAGGACGUCUGGGAAAAUGCGCUGAAGCAGCAGGCAUCGAGCGUGCAGGGCCACCUUGAAGCUGCGCUGUACUUUGCGCGGCACGACAACGAUGCCCGUGCACGCCAGCUGUUCCGUGCGGGUGCCGGGCGGCAUACGGACGAAAACAAGAUGCCGCUCAUUGAAGAAUGGGUGCGUUUUGAGCAUGCCCGCGGCUCGAUGUCCGAGAUUGAGCACGCCGAGUCCAAGGCCAAGAUGGAGACGGAUCGCAUGUGGAAGGCAUGGUACCGCUCGAUGCAGCAGGCUGCCGAGGACAAGGCGAGUGAGGAAAAGUCCGUUACGCAAGGCGCAGGGCCUGUCGAGGACAAAGCGAGUGAGGCGCCGGCUGUUUGGCCAAGCGAGGCUCAGCCGAUGACCGAGCAUGCCGUGGCCGCCCAAGCCCCGGCCGCCCAAGCCCCGGCCGCCCAGGCUCCUCCCCCAGCCCCUGUUGCCGCCCCGGCCUCUGAUGACGUUCCGAUGCCCGAUGCGCCGGAAUCUUUCAAGCGCAAGGCCGACGACGUCGACGCGCCAGGGCCGUCCGACCAAAAGAAGGGACGUACCGAGGCCCCCGCACCGCCGCGCGACCGCGAGUUCUCCUCGGUCUUGGUCGAAGGUCUGCCCGCCGAUGUGGCCGAGAGCGAAGUGCGUGCCUUUUUCCGCGAGUGCGGCACCAUCUAUGAGGUCCUUGGUCCCCGAGCCGUGGAUGCGCCUUCGCCGGAUGGCGAGCCGACGUCGGCAGCCCUCGUCGAGUUCACCGACCGUGACAUGGUCGCCUCCGCACGCACACGCGAUCUGAAGCGCGUGCGUGGCUUUGAGGUGCACAUCUCCCUGAGCUACCUGUGCACGUUGUACGUCACCAACUUUGCGCCCGAGACCGAUGACGAGAUGAUCCGUACGCGUUUUGGCAAGUACGGUGCGAUCUUUGACGUGCGGUGGCCGAGCCGCAAGUUUGUGCAGUCGCGCCGUUUUUGCUACGUGCAGUUUGUCCGCCCCGAAUACGCCCAGGCUGCGCUUUCCGAGCACGGUGCACAGUGGCACGAAGAGUUUGCACUCCAGGUCUUUUUGUCGAACCCUUCGCACAAGAAGCAGCGCUCGGAUGCGAAUGCAAAUGAGCGCGAGCUGUACAUGACCGGCCUGCCUCGCACUGUCGCCCAGGACGAGGUUCAAGCGUUCUUUGAGGCGCACGCACCGGUCGAGAGCGUGCGCGUUCCUCUGCGCCCCGAUGGCAAGAGCCGCGGCAUUGCGUUCAUCACGUUCCACAGCGAGAUCGACGCACGCCGCGCGAUGCAGGCGACCAACAGCACCAAGUUCAAAGGGCGGCUCGUCGCGGUGACGCUCGCCGAUGCGGGCCGCCGCGGGCACUCGGAACAAAAAGAAGAGAGCAAAGACGACCGCUUUGCACGCUCCGUGCAGGUGCGUGGCCUGCCGCUGGACGCUCAAGAGGCGCUCAUCCAGCAAGCCCUGGAAAAAGAGCUGGGCCCCGGCUCUGUGCGCCGCGUCUUUUGGACGCCAGAGCGCCAUUCGGACAGCAGCCUUGUCGAGCUUGCUGAUGCCGAAACGGCCGGGCGCGCGGUGCUUGCGGCCGCUGCGGCGUACGGCGAGCAUCCCUUGACGAUCACGCCGCACACGCCCGCGCCGCCGACCGAGACGUUUGCGCCGCGUGCCGCGCGUGGCCGCCGCGGCCGCGGCGGUGCGCUUGGCUUUGCGCGCGUGCACUCGACGCCGCGUGCGCCGCCGUCCAACGCACAAGGACAGGACAAGUUCCGUGCGAUGCUCUACGAGAAAUAG